AUGAAGGAAGAAAAGAGCGCGAUCGAAUUGCCAAGCAACAACGAUGAAUUCUACGGGAUAGGGUUAAAGGUGGACGUGGAGAAGAUUGGUGAAUUAGAAAAUUUUAUCGUAAGAGGAUUCGUGGAAGGAUGCGAAAGCAAGGAUUCGGAAAGCUUAGAGUCAGGAGAUGUAAUCAAGAAGAUCGACGGGCAUUGCGUUGGGGACAAGACUCUUGCGCAGGUCCUCUGCAUGGUUCUGGGACCUUGCGGCACCACCGUGACCCUCACGGUUGAAAAGAAAAGCUACCAGCACACUUUGGUUCCUGCUCAGUUCAGUUUCCUCCCAUUCCACGAACAAACAAUGACGUGUCGAGACGUCAUCUUCAAGCAUGGGUUGGCAUUCUGGACUGACCGUUCCAAACGCGACAAGUGUGAUGGAAUCAAAGUAUUCGGUGGAGGACAACUGCCCGAGGGUUUCGAGCACCUGGAAGUGCUUCGGACAUCCGUUCCUUACAACACUGUAACAUUUUGCACUCGGAAUGUGAUCUUGACACGUAAAUACAAAAUGCCUCCGAGCUCCCUCAAGUUGAUUUUCGUGAGAGGCAGAGAAAACUUCGAGCACGCAGCCUAA